AUGAACAUUAGUGUUGGAAAUGGAACAAGAGGUUUUGUAUGUGAGCCAUGGUCUGGAUCAAACUCUGCCGGUUUGUUUAGAGGAGAUGACCCGUUGAAGCAUUCGACUCCUCUUCUUCUUCUUCUCAUUUCUCUCGUUUCUUCUCUCUCUUCCUUAUUCCAGGCUCUUCUCCGUCCUCUCGCAAACGUCGACUUUGUCACUCAGAUUCUGGUUGGGAUAUUCUUAGGACCCUCAGCUUUGGGACAAAACAUAGAUUUAGUAAGAAGACUAUUCAACACAAGAAGCUUCUUCAUAAUAGAAUCAUUAGAAGCAGUAUCCUUCAUGUUCAUCUCAUACAUAAGCACAGCUCAAGUAGACAUGGGAGUUAUAAAGCGUGGAGGAAAGCUCGCAGUGAUCAACGGCUUCUCGCUUUUUAUAUUUCCUUACGCGGUGGCCUCAGUGACAGCUACCGUAAUCACCAGCAACAUACGUGGAAGCGUGGCCAAAACCAAGCCCGGGCAGCUUCACGACGUGCUAACAAACGUGUCGGUCGUGUAUUUUCAGGUGGCCUAUUCGGUUUUAUCGAACCUCAAGAUGCUAAACUCGGAGCCCGGGAGGUUAGCCCUCUCCUCCAUAAUGGUGGCUAACUGCUUCGUCUGGGGCUUCUUCCUCCUUGUCAUUACCUUUAUCAGUUUCUUGCAACACAGAGACUCCAAAGCCACUUAUCUGCCUACCUUCUCAAAGGUCCUUCUGAUCCUUGGGAUAAUUGUUGUGUGCCGACCAAUCUUCAAGUGGAUAGUGAGAAGAACACCUCCGGGGAAGAAACUAAAGGGUUCGCAUCUAUGCCUUAUUUGCGUCAUGUUGUGCACCACCACUUUCCUCGCCGAAACCGUUGGUUUCCCUUACAUAGUCGGAUCUGUGGUUCUCGGUCUUGUCACUCCUAAGACGCCUCCUCUCGGCACUGGUCUCAACGACAAGAUCGGUUGCUUCACUCGUGCGGUUCUUAUGCCCUGUUACGUCAUCGGGAUCGGUAACAAAGUCGAUUUCUUGUCCUUCACACAACGCGACGUCAUAACUCUGGAGCUGCUUUUCUUCACCGUCAAUGCUGCAAAGUUUGCCUCCAUCGUCCUGCCAUCGCUUUACUUCAAGGUUCCUUUAUCCCACGCCGCCAUUGUCGGAUUCAUUGUCUGCAUACAAGGGAUCUACGAUGUCCAAAUCUUCAAACAGUUGUUGAACUACAAGAACAUAAGCCAGGAAGCAUUUGGGAUAAUGGUGGCCUCUGCGAUGGUUCACUCGACCAUUAUCACGGCCAUAGUCAAGAACCUCUACGGCUGGGCGCAGCGGAAACACAUCACUUACCGGCGACAAACCGUUCAGCACUACGAACCAAACAGUCCUCUCAACGUCCUCGCUUGUUUCUACCACCGCCAAACCGUUCCUUCCAUCCUCACCGUCUUGGAGCUCUCCACUUGUCCCUCCAGCGCCUCUUCACUCUCCGUCGUUUCCGUCAAUCUCGAAGAGCUCGAGCACCAUAACGUCCCUCUCCUAAUUCAACACCAAUCCGAUCAAAACGACGACGCGUCAAUGUCCCCCAACCGCAGAGAUCAGAUCUCCAAAGCCUUCAAGAAUUUCGAAAACAGACAUGUUCUGCAGGAAAACGUUUCCGUCGAAUGCUACACCGCAGUGGCGCCGAGCAAGACGAUGCACGAGGACGUCUGCGCGCUGGCCUUCGACAAAGGAACCGAUCUCAUUAUCAUCGGGGUAGAUGACAGGUCAGCAGCAGAGCGACGUCUUUGCCGCAACGUAUUUAGCGGCUCGCCGUGCUCUGUGGCGGUUCUGUUGGACCAAGGACGUCUUCCAGAUUUCAAGAAGAUUGGAUCGGCGAUGAAGCAGACGAGGAUCAACAUGUGCGUGAUAUUCCUCGGUGGACCGGACGACCGCGAGACGCUGGCGUUUGCGGUUAGGAUGAUGAACCACCCAUGCGUAUACCUAAACGUUCUUAGAAUCGUAGACGGAGAAAACGUUUCACAGCUAAACGACGUCAUAGAGAGGAGGCUCGAUUUCAAAGCCGUCGAGAAGUUCCGUCUUGACACGUUGAACAAACACAACGUCUCCUUACGAGAGGUAGAGGUAAAGGAAGCGAGUGAUCUGGUGAACCUAAUUAGGGAAGAAGGAAGCAGUUACGAUCUGAUAAUGGUUGGGAUAAGACACGAAGAGAGCUUCCAAGUGCUUCAAGGGUUAUCGAUAUGGAGUGAGAACGAGGAGCUUGGAGAGAUCGGAGAUCUGCUCGUCUCCAGAGAUCUCAAGCUCACCGCAUCUGUUUUGGCCGUACAACAACAGCUUCCAUCCGUCGUUGAACAUGUACAUGGAAUGGUUUGA